AUGUUAGCAGAUAUACACUUACCAGAGGAAUGUUGGGAAUGUGUCUUCAGAUUCCUGAACCACCACCAUUACUUGGAGUCUGUCUCCCUCGUCUCCAAGCAAUUCCUCUCCAUCACCAACCGCAUCCGAUCCACCCUCGCCAUCCCCGACCCCACACUCCCUUUCCUCCCUCGCCUCCUCCACAGGUUCCCCAAUCUCACCUCCCUUGACCUCACGCGCUUCCGCGGUGACCUCGACGCGCUUCUCCUCCAAAUCUCGCGCUACCCCUUGCGCCGCCUCACAUCCCUCGACGUCUCGCACCAUCCAACGUUUCCGGCAAAUGGGUUGCGAGGUUUGGCUGAAAAGAUGAAAACGUUGACCUCUCUCACCUGUUCCCACAUGGGUUCUCUCUCAAUCGCCGACAUUCUCCUCAUCACCGAUUGCUCCCCUUUCCUCCAAGAACUUGACCUUAGCUUCCCCAAGGAGGUUGUUCACCGCGGCAAUAAUCUGCCCCUGGCGCUUCCCAAGCUCCUUCGCAAGGUUAAUCUCUCUGGCGAAUCCUUCAUCAUCAACGACGAAGAGCUAAUCAGAGUGUGCAAGAACUGUGAAUUUCUCGAAGAAUUGGAUUCGCGUAUCUCGGAUGAGUUGCUUUGUUCUGUUGCAGAGGAAGGUCUUCCUUUGAGGAAACUUGUCCUCGAUGAUUGCCGCAAUUACACCUAUGCUGGAAUCUCUUGCUUGUUGUCAAGUUGUAAGUUUGUGCAGCACUUGGAUCUUCAAAGUGCUGAGUUUCUGAAUGAUCAGCAUGUAGCAGAGUUGUCUGUGUUUCUAGGUAAUUUGAUAUCUAUAGACAUUAGUUACUGUAAGGGGCUCACAGAUUUAGCCCUUUUUGCACUUAUCAGGAACUGUUCUUUGCUUAGUGAGAUCAAAAUGAAGGUAACAGGGAUUGGGAAAAAGAAGGUCCAGUAUUCCAAUUCUUUCAUGAAUUGUUGUGUGAAGUCUCUCCAUUUGGGUUGGAAUCCAUAUCUGGGAGAUGAAAGCAUCAAACUGUUGAGUUUGGUUUGCCCCAAUAUGCAGCUGCUUGACUUGAGAUGUUGCAGUCGGAUAUCUGAAGGUGUUGUUGAAGUUUUAAGAAGAUUCUGUACGAUUAGGGAUUUGAGCAUAGGCCAAUGUUUAGGAGUGAAGCUUCAUGGUUUGAACUUUAAAGUUCCCAAUGUGGAGGUGUUGAAUUUGGCGCAUUCAGGAAUUGAUGAUGAAACACUCUCAGUGGUCGCAAAGAGUUUCUGUGGGCUUAAGUACCUGGACCUGGAAUAUUGUCGUAGUGUCACAGACAAGGGAGUGAGGAAAGUAGUAGAAAACUGCAAACAGCUGAGAGAGAUAAAUUUGCAUGGUUGUUAUAGAGUGGCUGGUAGUGUUGUUGCUUGGAUGGUAUUUUCAAGGCCAACAUUGAGAAAGAUAGUGGCUCCGCGUGAUUUUCAAUCAAGUGCCCGCCAGAGUGAACUCUUCUUGCGUCAUGGAUGCCGGGUUUGA